CAGGGGUGGUGCCUGAUGGGCUUGAGCUGUCUCACCCAUCCACCAAGAGGCAUUGUGGGGUUCACUUGUACUCAGUACAUUUGGCAUCCCUGACCUACUUUAGGUUUAUGCCAGGUAUUGCUCUGUGACUCAGUAUCCCCCUUAGUGAAAAUGGGAAGGGAUUAAAAUUUGACCAACCAGGUGGGGUGGCUUCCACUUUGCCUGGUCUCUGCUUUGACAGACUGGCAGAAGAGCAAGUAGCUGCAGGACUGCACCCUUGUAGGGGGGAGGGAACCUGGGAAGUGGGUGCUCAACUCUGCCAAACUCCUGGAGGGAGGGACUCAUGAAGCAGCCCAGAGAGGGUAGCAUCUUGCCCAGUGGGAGCCUGAGCUGGGUUUGUCUGCAGUCUAUGUUGAGGCCCAAGGGUGAGCAACCCUGCGCUACCUCCACCAGGGUGGCUGUGAGUUUGGGUACUGAAUGCAGAUGGCUUAAGUUCAGAUGCAUGGACAUCCUGCAGUCUGAUGACAGCUGUCCUCUAACUUCCCCCCUGCUCAAAGGGCUGGAAGCUCCAGCCGGUGUGGGCUGGAAGCUCCAGCCGGUGGGAGAUGGGGCCUGGCAGCACACCACAUUUGCAAAGUAGAGACUCUGAGAACCCCCCAGGGCUGUUGUGAUUCACAGUCUCACAAACAAUUGUGCCCAGACACAGUGUGGCUCACUUAAGGUAUUACAUUGUAUUAAAAUGACUUGUUUAUCUGUGUUGCAUGGAUGCCCCAGGUCAGUACUGGCUGGCAGCUAGACAUCUUGGGGCCACUGGGAAUCCCUCCUCCCUCUUUUUAUUAGCUGUGCCCUUUGGCCUCAGUUUCCCAAGCCUAUUAAUGGGAGUAAUCUGCCCCUUGCAAAGCUGUUUUGAGUGUUACUUAAGGAAUCAAGCAGAGUGCCCUGUGCUGCUACAUCUGUGUACAAAGAUUACAUCAGUGUAGCAAAUGAGGCUUAAAUAUGUACUGUUAUUAGAAUAAUUUGUUUCCUGCUUUUUCCAGGUCCCAGGGCAGACAGCUGGCACCCAAUAACUGUUUGCUGACUUACUGUGUUAAUACUAAGUCCCUUACUCCCUCUCAGGGUAUCCCUCACCCUUCUGGGUUCCCUGUCUCCCACCCUUCACUCCUGGUCCCCAGGAGAAGUUGCCAAGGGUUUGGGGGAACAUUCAACCUGUCGGUGAGUUUGGGCAGCUCAGGCAAACCAUCGACCGUUGAGUGGACCCCGAGGCCUGGAACUGCCGACCGCCCUUCACAGCCUCUGCCCAUCACAACCUCUUAAGGGGGAAGGGGAGCCUGAGCAGAUCCCUGCCCUUAGGUCAGAGAAGGUCACAAUCAACAUUCAUUGUUGUCGGUGGGUUGUGAGGACCAAAGCCAGACCCACCGAGGGAUGAAUGUCACUGUGGCUGGGCCAGACACAGCCUAAGGGCCAUGGGAGGGGGGAUAAGACAUCCCUUGGGCUCCCUCAUAAAAUUUUUCAGCCACUACCUUGUCCUGACCCCAGGGAGGGCUCGUGUCUGGGAUCCUGGUGGAUUCAGGCGGGAUUUGGGGGGAUAAAUCCUGGAAGGUUGGGGAUGAGAAUCACAGAUGCCAGGCUGGGCUGCUGAAAAACCCUUCUAAAAGGUGGUGGGGGGGUGAGCUGUGCUCCAGGAUGUCUGAAGGAAGGAAUGGGGUGGGCAUAUCCCCUCUGUGUCCAAGUCCUAGGCCCCGCUUUCUCACUCUCCUGGCUUACUCCCCACAAUCUCCAUGCUUGGCUCUUGACUUUCCACCUUUUUGUCCACUGAACCCUCCAUCUUGAAGUCUGUGCCCCACUGGGGUGACUCCUGGGCUUAUACACCACUUAGCCUUGGGGGCUCCGAUAGCUGGAUGAGGGAGGGAGGCUUUUGUGUAUAAUUCAACACCCAUUCCUGUGCUUAUCCAUUAAAUGGGGUUCCACUGAGACAGUGGAUGUGAAAGCUCCCUGAGUGAGACAAGAUCUGGGAGCCUUGGUUCUUGUGUCCCCUCCCACCCCAGGUGUCAUCGCUCCCCUUCCAGAGGUAAGGAGCAUCAGGCAGUUCCUCCCUCCUUCCCAAAGAGCCCAGGGGCACCUGGCCCCUCCCCCAGCCUGGGAAGGAAGAGGGAUGUUACAAAGUUGCUGGUUAAAUCAAUGCUUAUCUAUGGGGUGGGGCUUCCAAACACUCCCCCCCCCCCAUCACCCUGUGAGGCAAGAGCCUCCAGGCCUCCUCCAAGGAUGGGGAGAAAGGGGUAGCCCUCCCAAAGCCCUCUAGGUGGGGGGAGGUAGCUCCAAAUUGCUGGUGCCUUCUGCAGCCUGGGACCUGUCACCCCCCACCUCUGGCCCCCCAGAGCCUGUACAUUCCUCUGGCAGGUGCAUGUACCCCCCUCCCUACAGCAGCAAGCCCCCCUCCUCACAAGGAGACUCCUACAGCCUGCUCCUCCCCCUUUACACCCUCUUGGAAGUAUAAGGAGGGGACUGACAGCCCAGACUCAAAGGCUCCAAGAGAGGAAGGGAGGAGGAGAAAGGGGUGAGAUGCUUUGAGCAGGCAGGGUCUCUUUUUCUCUCUUCCCCUCUGCCUGGCCCUCAUCUCUCAACCAUGGGGACCUUCGACCUAUGGACAGAUUACCUGGGUUUGGCACGCCUGGUGGGGGCUCUGCGUGGGGAAGAGGAGCCCAGGCUGGAUCCUCAACCAGAGCCAGCUCCAGGACCCGGGGAUCAGAGGUCCAGCCCAGAAUCCUCACCAGCUCCAGAACGCCUCUGCUCUUUCUGCAAACACAAUGGCGAGUCCCGGGCCAUCUACCAGUCCCACGUGCUGAAGGAUGAGGCUGGCAGGGUGCUGUGCCCCAUACUUCGUGAUUAUGUGUGCCCCCAGUGUGGUGCCACACGUGAGCGGGCCCACACCCGCCGCUUCUGCCCGCUUACUGGCCAGGGCUACACCUCCGUCUACAGCUACACCACCCGCAACUCUGCUGGCAAGAGGCUGACCAGGCCAGACAAAGCAAGGACACCGGACUCCGGACACCGCCGGGGAGGAGGCUCAGGAGCAGGAGCCGGAGGAGGAGGAGGCGGCACUUGUACAGGUUCUAAAGGUGCUGGGAAGUCUUCUGGACCUUCGCCUUCCCGCUGUCCCACCACUUCUGCCUAGGACGUUGGCAUGAAGAGCAAGGGGAUGCUGCCUUCGCCUGGGCAUGUGGACCCAGGCUCAGUAGAGGGUGGUUUUCUGGAAAGAUCCACACUCUUAGGAUGGGCCCUGAGAGGGCCCUCUGCUUGGAGGCCUGGUGAGGGAGCUAGACCUGGGAGUAUGACCCAAAGAAGCCCCCAUGUGGGAGGAGGCAAGCCAGAGUACUCAAUAAAUGCUAUGAAUGUACCCUCAAUCUCAAGUGAGGCAUGGUCUUGGGACAAAGUAGCAGGAGUACAUUGAGGGGCUCAGGCACCUCCUUUUCUCAGCUGCAUCCAUUAGCCCACAUGUUACUCUGAUGCCCCUUUUCUCAGACUGUUGUUUGUAUUUCAGCCCACCCUGAGGAAUUUCUGGAUUACUCCCAGGAAGCCGUUUCUGCCACAUUUGGUGUUUUCAGAUUCUCAGCCAUCCUGCAUAUUGACUUACCAAAUGGACAAACCCUACCCCACACUGCAGUGCAGGAGGGGGCCUGAUUUGAGGGGGACAAUAGAGAGACUGAGCAAGCUCUUCACCCUUAUACUAAAGAUGUCCUAUACUAAGUAUGUCCCCAGUGAGCACUUAGGUUACCGUGGAUGCCCCAAUGACCUUGGGUCAUGGGGCCGUGGAGUCACGUGAUAGGCCCUUCACAGUAAGGGAAGGACUCCUGGCGGGCUGGCAAGGGAUGGGAAUAUGGCCUGGGGGUCAGGCCAGUCCAGAGCUUAGGCAGGACCAUCAGGGAGGCAAUUUGGA